AUGGCGGCGGCGCCGAGCACAGUUACACUGCUGGCGGCGGAGUCUUCCCCUCAGGAAGCUACCGUCCCUGCCGCCUCCUCCUCCUACACCGCCUGCGCGGCGGCGGCGGCAGUGGCGGCAGUGAUUGUGCCUGCCUCCUCAGCCACCUCCACCCCUGCCAGCCCGCCUGCCGGUGGCUGUGGCGACAGCGGCGGCGGCUUUGGCGGCUCCACUAUGGCGGCGGCGGGGAGGGGGGGCAGUAGUUUUAAAGUAGACACCCGCCCUUGCCUCAGAGAAGGUGAGUUCCCGUCCCGGGGUGUGGGGGCGGCCCCAUCUCCUUCGCUGCCUCUCCAGCCCGUCCGCGAUCAGACUGGGCGCGGUUCACCACCGCCCCACCCCCACCCCCACCUGCUGUGGCGCAAUAUGACUUGGAAUGAACAGGAAAAGACUGAACUUUUUACAGAUAACUUUUGUAAUAUAUGUGGAGUGGUGCUACAGUUUGAAUCACAAAGGAUUUCACAUUAUGAGAGUGAGAAACAUGCUCAAAAUGUUAGGUUUUAUUCUCAAAUUCAUGGGGAACAAAACGAAGUGCCUGGUAAGAAAAUGAAGAUGGAUGUUAAGAAAUUUAAGGUGCAUAGGAGUAAUGUUGUGGACAGAAACAAAUUUUGUGAUCUCUGCAACAUGAUAUUUAGCUCUCCAGUUGUUGCUCAGUCUCACUAUGUGGGAAAAGUCCAUGCUAAAAAACUGAAGCAAUUAAUGGAGGAGCAUGAUCAGGUAUCUCCAUCAGGAUUUCAGCCAGAGUUGGCAUUUAGUAUGAGGACCUACGUUUGCCAUAUUUGUAAUAUUACCUUUACAUCUUUAGAAAUGUUCCGGUCCCAUAUGCAAGGAAGUGAACACCAAAUUAAAGAAUCCAUUGUUAUCAGUCUAGUGAAGAAUCCCAAGAAGACACAAGACUCUUACCAAGAUGAAUGUGCAGAUUACAUCAAAAUGCAGAAAUCCAGAGGACCAGAGCCCAAGAUUUGUUUCAGAAAGAUGGAAGAGAGUUCUUUGGAAGCCCGUUGGUACAGGGAAGUAGUUGAUUCUAGAUCCACACAUACAAUGUUUGAACAGAGACUCCCAUGUGAGACUUUCUGGACAUACCCAGGAUCAUACAGUAUUUCACAAACAGCAGAAAACCAUUUACCUCAUUGUUUACCAGCUCAUUCAAAGAAGACAUAUGACUCUUUCCAAGAUGAACUGGAAGAUUACAUCAAAGUGCAGAAAGCGAGAGGACUAGAUCCAAAGUUUUGUUUCAGAAAGAUAAGAGAGAACUCUACAGAGACCCAUGGGUACAGAGAAGUUGACUCUGGACCCAGACAACAAAUGUUUGAGCAAAGAUUUUCACUUGAGACUUCCCAGACUUACCAACAACCAUACAAUAUUUCACCAGUGGAAAGCAAGUUGCAUUAUUGGUUACCAGUUCAUUCAAACAGAACUUAUGAUUCUUUCCAAGAUGAGCUAGAAGAUUACAUCAAAGUGCAGAAAGCCAGAGGACUAGAGCCAAAGACUUGCUUCAGAAAGGUUAGUGAUAGCUCUAUAGAAAUCCAUAAGUACAAAGAAAAGGUUGAUUUCAGACCCAAACAUAGAAUUUUUGAGCAAAAAGUCCCAUUUGAGACUUCCCAUGCUUAUACAGGAUCAUACAGUAUUUCCCAAGUAGUGGAAAACCAGUUACCUCAUUGCUUACCAGCUCAUGACAGCAUACAGAAACUAGACUCUAUAUCCUCCUGUCAACCCAUCAGAGACUGUUUUCCAGAAAAGCCAGUACCCCUGAGCCUUAGUCAGCAAGAAAAUAACUUUGGCUCAUACAGUGUAGAAUCUGAAGUUUACAAGCACCUCUCAGAAAACAAUACCAGUGACCAUAAAGCAGGUCAUAAACGAAGACAUCAGAAGAGAAGAAGGCACCUGGAAGAAGGUGAAGACAGGUCAGAGAAAGAGCAAUCGAAACAUAAAAGGAAAAAGAGUUAUGGUGAUACAAAUCUAGACAAGGACAAGAGCAUCCGACAAAGGAAAAGAAAGGGAGAUCAAGUCAGCGUCAGUUCAGGAAAGCUUAAACAUCGAAAAAAGAAAAAAAGCCAUGGUGUGCCCACUGAGAAAGAAGAACGUAAGCACAAGAAAGGGAAAAAGAAACCUGUUGAAGAAAAGACAGAAGAGGAAAUGCUUUGGGAUGAAUCUAUUCUUGGAUUUUGA